AUGGCCCUCCCGUUCAACAUGAAGCAAGCAGCACUCGCUGCGUUGUGCGUCUGUGCCACCCUCGCCCGUGCAUCGCCAGUCCCUUCGUACAAUGGCUCGGCAGACGUCGAGAUAGACAAAAGGCAGUCACCCGGCUACCAGAACGCCGUUUACUUUACCAACUGGGGCAUCUACGGCCGCAACUACCAGCCGGCGGAUCUGCCGGCCUCUCAGCUCACACAAGUCCUCUAUUCGUUUGCCAAUCUGCGGCCGACUGGCGAAGUAUUCUUGUCUGACACCUGGGCCGACACCGACAAGCACUACCCGGGAGAUUCCUGGAACGACGUGGGCAACAACGUCUACGGCUGCGCCAAGCAGCUCUACCUGCUCAAGAAAUCCCACCGCCAGCUCAAGACGCUGCUCUCCAUUGGCGGUUGGACCUACUCGCCCACCUUCCCCGCCGCAGCGAGCACCGCCUCCAGCCGUGCCCUCUUCGCCUCCUCGGCCGUCCGUCUCCUGGCCGACCUGGGCUUCGACGGCAUCGACAUUGACUGGGAAUUCCCCGCCAACCUAACCGAAGCCACCAACUUCCUCCUCCUCUUGCAAGCCGUACGCUCGGCCCUCGACGCCUACGCCGCGCAGCACGCGCCCGGCUACCACUACCUGCUGACCAUCGCCGCUUCUGCGGGACCGGCAAACUACAAACUCCUCGACCUCAAGGCCAUCGCCGCGACGCUCGACUUCGUCAACCUCAUGGCCUACGACUAUUCCGGGCCCUGGGUGUCCACGGCCGCCCACCAGGCCAACCUCUUCCCCAGCAACAGCAGCACCACGCCGUUUUCUACUCAGGCCGCGAUCCAAGCCUACCUCGCCGCCGGCGUGCCGGCGCGCAAACUCAUCCUCGGCAUGCCCAUCUACGGCCGUUCCUUCGCCAGCACGGACGGCCUGGGCAAACCCUACUCGGGCCCGGGCCAGGGGAGCUGGGAGGCGGGCGUGUACGACUACAAGGCGCUGCCGCGGCCUGGCGCCGAGGUGCGGUACGACGAGGUCGCCGGCGCGAGCUACAGCUACGAUGCGGCCUCGAGGGAGUUCGUGACGUUUGACACGCCCGAUAUGGUCAGGCGUAAGGUGGAAUGGCUGAAGGGGAAGGGGCUGGGUGGGAGCAUGUUCUGGGAGGCGGCGGCGGACCGGAAGAAUUCCGAGAGUUUGAUCGGGACCAGUUUUGCUGGGUUGGGAGGAGUGGAUGGGGGGAUGAAUUGCUUGAGUUAUCCGGACAGUCGGUAUGAUAAUGUCAGGGCUGGGAUGCCGUGA